CAGUUUCCCGCAAACCCGGAAGCGGAGAGAGGGGCGCAGCCCUUGUAUUUUCUGUCACGACUGGGUAUUUUAGACGCCCCUCAAGUCCCCGAUCCGCCACAUCCGAGGUUCAGGGGUCGUCACGUACGUUAAGACCCCUUCAACUACUCGUUCCGCGCUCGGACCAUCUUCUCAAGACCAGGCUUCGCCUGAGGAAGAAACCUAGAAGAGGAGGAAGAAGAAAGAACAGGAGUCAGGCAUGGCUCUUUCUCAGGCACAGGUGACCGUCAAGGAUGUGGCCACCGAAGUCUCUCAGGAGGAGUGGGAAUUCCCGGACCCCGCUCAGAGGACCUUGUACCGGGACGUGAUGGUGGAGACCUACAGGAACCUGCUGUCUGUGGGAGUUCGUUGGGCUGAUGGUAAUGGCUUGGAAGACACUCAAGAGGCAGACGGUGCUGAUAGACAUACCCCUGCCCGCUCUACGAACAUACAAAAGAAGCUUCCUUGCAAAAUCACUGAAAACACGUUUCAACCUAAAAGCUGCUAUUGUGUGCGGAACUCCUUUAGAGAGAAUGACCAAGAAGUUGGCUAUCGUCAGGUGCUUGUGAAUCAAAUCCAUGGCCCUUAUCCUGCAUUCAGUGUGGUAAAAGAAUAGGUACUGACAAAGAAGGGAGAAAUCGCCCAGAAUUCCAAUCAUAGCCUGUGACAGGAAGAUGAUUCCUAUUGCCACAUCCCUGGGGGGAGAUUCUGUCAUUUGACAUGUUUUCCUUGAAGUUAUGGCAACAAACAUUCCUCUGAGCAAAAAGACUCAUUGAACUUUUGACACCACGAAUAAUGGUACUUGUUGGCUCCUGAUCAAUUGCCAAGACUUCACAAGAUGGAAAGAGAUGGAGAGAUAGUCAGUCUAUUUCAGUGGGAAAGUCAGCAGUAAGGAUGAAAUGAAGUUAACCUGGGGCAAACAGUGACAAGUGAUAGAAAUGGAACCAAAGUGUAAUACAACAUAAAAAAACAGAAUAGGCUGACAUUUGCUAGACAUGUUGGAGAAAAGAAAAGCCUCAGGGACUUCCCUGUGGUCCACUGGGUAAGACUUUGCCUUCCAGUGCAUGGCGUGUAGGUUCAAUCCCUGGUUGGGGAACUAAGCCCACAUGCCUCUAGGCCAAAAAACUGAAACAAAACAGAAGCUAUGUUGUAUCGAAUUCCAUAAAGACUUAAAAAAUGAUCCACAUCCAAAAAAACUUUAAAAAGUCUCUAUCACUACCCACAUCACUUAACAAAUGAAUUCUAUAUGGAUUGCUCAUCUCAGUUUUAAAGAGAAAUAGUGUUUGUAUUGCUAUGGUCUUGCAAUUAAGAUAUAUCCUAAACAGCUCCAAAAAUAUUACCCAUAUAGGUGAAAUGACUGUAGCUAAUGUGAAUAAAAACUGAUUUUUAUCAAAACACACACACUGAGAUAUGACUUGUAACCAGAACAAAGAAGUCUUGCAGACGACACAACAAGAUACACAAUGGGCAAAUCUUUGCUACAGAAGUUUUGAAAACCAGAUUAGUCAGUGCAUAAUACCUGUGUAAAAUAAUUUAAUGUCUUUAGUCAUCAAAAAUUAAAAUAUAACCACCACCUAUCUAUUGUCAAACACCAGCAAGAAAUCAAAAAUAGAAAUGACAGUGGUAACAAGUUUUGGCUAAGAUAUGGUCUACCAAGAAUCUCAUGCACUGGUGGUAGUUGUUACAGCUGGUACCAAAAUUUUGGAAAAUUGUGGUACCUAUUUCAGCAGAACAGAUGUAAUCCUAUAUGCCAAUAAUUCCACUCCCAUGAAUAUACUCAGAAACUUGUACAUGUAUCACUGAAAGAUUAGUUAUAGGAUUUAUAUGCCAUAAUUAUGAAUUACUCAUUCCUCAUAUUAGUCCUAGACUCAUAACUACCCACUUGCCCAUUAACAGUAGAAUGAAUCAAUUAAUUUACUCAUAUUCACAAUGGUAUCCUAAACAGCAGUGUGAAUGAAUGCUAGCAGUAGGAUGCAAUGAUACAGACAAAUUCUCAAAAUUAUCUGGAAUGGAAUCAAAGUCAAUAUGAAAGAGUUCCUGGAGUACAAUUCCAAUUAAGUAAAUUAUCAAAUGAGCAAAAGUGAUCUGAUCUCUUAACUGUUAGAAUAAAUCAAAUCUACAUCCCAACAAUUCCACUUCUACCAAUAUACAUGAUAGAGUUAUGUUCUUGGAGACAGUUACUCAAGGAGGCAUGGGAAGGGUUUUGGAGGGCUGAACAUUGUGUUUCUUGAUCUAGGUGUUGCUUAUGGAAGUUUGGGCAUCAAGGAGUUCCACUGAACUGUGCAAUUAUAAUCUUGUGUAUAUGUCUUGAGUUUUUAAAAAAUUCUUAUCACACACACAAAAAACUUGGGAGUUGCCGGGAAAAACUUGUCCUGUGAAUGUGUUUGAUCUGCUGACUGUGCCUGUGCAGGAUGAAGCUUAGUUACAGAUCUGCAAUCCAGAUGGUGAAACAUCAGACAAUAAUAACCCUGCUCCAUGUAGUGAGUCACUGACUUUGUUAAUGAAAUUCAGCAGAGCAGUAUCGCAUUUUUUUGUUCUUUGUGAUGGUUUUGUCACUCUAUUUGGCAAUCAUAUACACAGCAAUAAAAUGAUAUUUACCAGCAUAUACAGUGUUCAGCAGAGCAAAGUGGGAGCUUUACUUCAAGUUCCACCCACCUGGGUUUCCUAGGGCUGAUCCAUGAUGACUGGAGACACUUAAGGGGCAAGUGGUGUCCACAGACAUGCUCUGCCAGCUCUGUAAGGGGAGAAAACAAAAUCUGGAUGGAUAAAUCACAGAAGGCAUGCUUCAACUAGAGGCUGCCCUUGUCUCUGGGACACCUUCAAAGGGAAUGGCCAAGAAGUGACUGUAGUCAGGUGUUUCAGAAUUGAAUCUGUGGGUCUCAACCUGCAUUUGCUGUAGUAAAGGAAGAGAUAAAGGUAAAGAAGAGAGAAAAUGCCCAGGAUUCCAACAAUAGUCUGAGAUAAAUAGACCUUUCUUAAUUGCCAAAAAUCUGGAGGCCAUUCUGCUAGUUCCCAGUGGCUGACAUUUGUCUUCACAGCAGUGUAUCCCCUGUGGGAACAUAUAGUAUGGGCUAUAUUUAUGAUAUCAACUGAUAGCCAAUAUACCCUCUGAGAAAUAUUUACUUCAAGUUUGGUUUUGUAAAGAGGCUUCCCAGUGUGAAUAAGUGCUUACUUAGCACUUAUAUGAAAUUAUUGCUAUUCUGUCAUAUAUUUGGUUGUUGUUUUUUAGUUGCUAAGCUAUGUCUGACUCUUUGCUACCCCUAUGGACUGUAGCCCACCAAGUUUUUCUGUCCAUGGGACUCUCCAGGCAAGAAUACUGGAGUAAGUUGCCAUUUCCUUUUCUAGGGGAUCUUCUAGACCCAAGGAUCGAACCCCCAUCUCCUAUGUUGGCAGGCGAUUCUUUACCACCAGGGAAGCCCUUAUAUAGGGUACCUUCUUUGAUUUUCAUAACUGUGUGAGAUAGGCACUGGCAUUAUUUUCAUGACAAAGACAAGGAAGUCUAAGUUACGUAGAGUUUAAACAGUUUGUCUAAACUCACCCCAACACUGGUUUGGAUCUAAUGGUUUAAAUAUGGCUAGGCUGGUUGCUAAGACUAUGUCCCAACCAGUGUGAUACACUAACUGAUCAUGUCAGCUGGUUAUCUAGUAAUCUAGACUUAUAUUUUAGUUUUGUAGUUAUACUUUUAUUUCAUAUCAUUUUAAUUUAAUUUUAUAAUUUUGGUUGUAAAAAAUUUCCUUUUUGUUUAUUCUAUAGGUCAUUAUCAAAUAUGAAUAACAUUUUAGAGAUAAUAAUAAAGUAUAGAUGCUGUAAUUAGAGGCUAAUUCUACAGAAACUUCCACAUGUCCAAGUUGCAUUGAAUGAAUAUAAGAUUUGUUCAAUAUUAAUUUGGCAGCAGAAGGUCUCAUUUGCUAUCAUGCCAGGGACAAAAACACAAUGACAUCUUCCACAUUAAUUAUCAGAUAAUACUACCUUGUUCCUACACUGUGAUACAUGAAAUACUAAUAGGUGAUAAAACAAGGGAGGCUGGAAAUAGGGUUAUUAAUAAUUUUAGUCUCAGUGCUCAGUAUUUAUUAAUACUUAUAUUAAAUGAAACUAUUUGUAAGGCAAGAUUUGUGAAAGAUACUAAAGUACAAGAGAUGUACAAAGGAGUCUGGAGAAUAUGGAAUCUUGUGCAUCAUAUAAAUUGAAAUAAUAAAAUGAGCUGUGAGCUUA